AUCGAAUGACAGCUCAUGUUCAAAAUAACUGAAAGGCACAAGGACUCGAAAAUUUUCAGUUUUUGUUUAAUGGAAUAAAAAAUACAUAAUUCGUUUAAAUGUGUUUUGCAAGAAAUAUUUUAAGCUAUAAAAAGAACAUAUAAGAAUUAUCAUACGAAAACAUAAUGAAGACAAUCGCACGCACGCCAUUGCGUCCACCAAAAACGCCACGUUGUCAAACCCAUCAUAAUGAUCGUAAAUCUGAUCAUGAUCCCAAUAAGCCCCGUGAUCCUGUGCAUGUGUACUGUCGUGUACGACCAUUGCAAUCCGAUGCAGAUCUGUCCAGUGUGCGAGUAAAAAACUCAACCACCGUGAUACUAACGCCACCAGAGCAAGCCUUGCAACAUAAACAGGGAGCACAUCGUGAAAUGCAGUAUAUUUUCAAACACGUCUUUGAACCACACGUUUCCCAAGGCGAUGUAUUUAAUGCUGUAGCACAACCUUUGGUUGAGAAUCUAAUACGGGGUCGAAAUAGUCUAUUAUUUACCUAUGGUGUCACUGGGAGCGGUAAAACGUACACAAUGACUGGAGAUUCUCGUCAUCGCGGUGUUAUGCCACGUUGUUUAGAUGCACUCUUCAAAACAAUAUCAGACUAUCAAGCAAAGAAAUAUAUUUUCAAACCUGACAAACUAAACGGAUUUGAAAUAUUGUCGGAAGCAGACGCUCUACUUGAACGGCAGGCAGAAAUGAAUAGACGUUUUGCAGCGGGAGAGCGCAACGCAUUAAGGCGUAAAGAUUCUGAUCCUGAAAUCGCUUCACAAGCCUCAUGUGAGGCAGCACCCUUACACGGGCUCGAAGAAGAUAAUAUGUUUGCAGUUUUUGUCACAUAUAUUGAGAUUUACAAUAAUAGUGUAUAUGAUCUGCUCGAAGAAGAUGCACCUCAGAAAACUUUGCAAAGCAAAAUUAUUCGUUCAGAUGCCAAAAACAACAUGUUUGUACACGGUGUAACUGAAAUAGAAAUAAAAUCAGUUGAGGAAGCUAUUGAAGCGUUCCAAUUCGGUCAGAAACGUAAACGUAUGGGUCACACAGUGCUAAAUGCAGAAUCUAGUCGUAGUCAUUCCGUAUUUAACAUACGUUUGGUACAAGCGCCGACAGAUUGUCAAGGAGAGCAUGUUGUACAAGAUAAACGCACCAUUGUAGUAAGCCAGCUAUCGCUGGUAGACUUGGCGGGUAGCGAACGUUCGUCACGUACAAAAAAUACGGGAAUGCGUUUACGCGAAGCAUCAAGUAUAAACAAUUCAUUAAUGACUCUGCGAACGUGUCUGGAAUAUCUUCGCGAAAAUCAACAAGCGCCACUAAAUAGUGCACCCAAGAAGAUUCCAUACCGCGACUCAAAACUCACACAUAUGUUCAAAAACUACUUCGAUGGCGAAGGCCAAGUAUCGAUGAUUGUGUGUAUCAAUCCGCGAGCUGAGGAUUAUGACGAAAACACGCAAGUAAUGAAAUUUGCCGAGAUGACACAAGAGGUACAGAUUGCUCGCGCCACACCCAUGAAACCAGAUCUUGGUUUAACUCCCGGUCGUCGAAAGGCAAACAAGCUCUUCAAGAUAGCGGUGAACAAUCUCAAUGACUUGGGGCAUACCGAAGCCAACAAAUUGGAUGUGGAUAUUGGUUUGGUGUACUCAUUGGGACCCGGUUUUCCUGAUUACAAAAUCGAUAGUCCGGAAGCGCAGACUGCCAUACAAGAGUUGAUGCAGUAUUUAAUGCAACGCAUAGAAAAAAGGAAAAUAUUGUGCGCCGAUCUAGAGACUCGUUGUGAUAAUUUCAGAGCUCACCUGAUGCAAAUGGAGCGAGAGAAUUUACAGUUACGUACGGAAUUGGCGUCACUAAAAACGGUUUACAAACAAGAACGCGACCGUAUGAUAGCCAUGGAGAAUAAACUACGUGUGCAUGAGAGCUCAAUCGAUGAACUUAACAACAAAUUGGGCAAUCGUGAAAGACAGAUCGAUGAACUUACCAGAAAACUAAGAGAUCAACAAAAUCUGAUCAAUCAAAAAGAACAAGAAAAAGAGAAACAAAAGAAGAAAUUCACUUCUAAACUGGCAGUGGAGGUGGAUAAAAAAGAUCGUGAACUGGAAAUACGAUUACGCGAGCAGCGCGACAAAAUGCGUGAAAAGAUGCGCGUGCGCGAUGAAAAAUUACGCCUCGUGUCCAAUAUUAUACAAUCGGAGGAUAUACCCAGUUUGGUGCGUCGUAAUAGCAAUGAUGAUAUUUUGGACAAUAAAUUGGCGAUUUCGGAGCCGCCGUCAGCCACGCGUGGCGAAUCGACACAAGUGCAUAGUGCGCGCACCGAAAUAUAUGCCACACCACGCCAUGUUAGGGGCAUGGCUGCAGCUAACAAUAGACAUCGUCGCUCACGUUCUGCUGGCGAAAAGUGGAUCGAACAUCGUGCACCCAAUCCUGUGCCACUCGGUACUAUUCUCCAACCAUAUCUUAAGAAUCGUAAAUCUGUAACGAAACUAACCGACGCCAAAGAGUUGACGAACCACAAGAACACCAAGUACUGUCUGGUUUCACAGGAGGCAGACACAGACGGUGAUGUUGAAACCAAGCUCUACAAAGGCAAUGUUAUACCGACCUGUGGUGGUGGCGCGCAAGUUGUGUUCGAUGAUGUGGAAUGUUUGAAGCAGAAGUCGCCGGUGCCAUCGCCAAACCGCAAACGUCCAAGCAACGGUGGCGGUGCAACACUUAGUGGUUUGGGUGUUGCAACCUCGUCGGCAAUGUCGGCGGCAGCGUUCAGUGGCGGCACAAAUGCUGCGCAAGAGUUGAUGUCGCGGUGUAGUGUUGGCAUCGAAGGUCAUAAUAAUAAACGCACCAAAGUGUAGAGAGAUUAUGCAACCGUCCUUUGAUAACUACGAUAAUAAUGAUGACGAUAUACCAUCACUUUGUAUUAAAAUUUAUUUUUUAAUUAUUAUUAUUUUUAACAGUUACCACAGUGAAUAGUUUAAUCCCCAACCUCAUAUAUUUGCAGAGAUAUUAUUUAGUUUCAAUAUAUUGUGGUAUUAAUGAUUCUAAUCGUUGUUUACAUAAUUAAUCUAAAACAGAAACUGGCUGAACGGUAUUUUCUUGUAUUUCUUUUUUGUUAUUGCAUUUACUUUUUAAACUUCGUAUUAAAUCACGGUAUUAUACAUAUUAUUUGUAACUAAAUAUAUACUCGUAACACCAAUGUAUUUGCAAGCUUUUAAAACUGCAAACAACGAAGUAUUUUGAAAUAGAAAAUAAAAAUGGAUUUAAAACAAAAUGAAGUAAUCUUUUUGGUGGUUUUGAAUACGGGAGAAAAGGGAUUUCUUUCAAGCACCUUCAUACUUGAACACUAUCUGAUGAAAUUUUACUAGGACUAAAGAAUUUCAAUGAAAAUGUUAUUUAGAUAAGUUGUCAUCGAGAUCAUCCAACGGUAGGUCGAAGAAACAUGCUGUUUUGAUGCAGUGAGACCAUAGAGACGGAUGUCAAGGAUAAGUUGAACUUGCUACAGUAUCCAGAACGAAGCUGCGCAAGGCUCACUCUCGUUUCUCGCGGCAAUUCGAACUCUUCGUCUGCAAUGGGUGGUGGUUUUACUCCAAGUACUCCAUUCACUGAAAGGAAGUCGGUGAGAAGUUGAUGGGUCCACUGUGAAUGCCGGUCAGUGCAUGUCGGAAGUUAGUUGCGUCAAAUUUAGAGCUUCCUCGUUUGCGUUUCACUGCAUCCCGGCGACCAUAUUGGUGCGGCCUGCCGAUUACCUUGUAAAUUACCAACUACUAAAGGGAUCUUUAAUGCCGCUAACAAUCGCCAAAAUGCCCAAUUAAAGCAAGAUUUGCAACCCUUGUGUAAAUAAAAUUGCACGUUCCUAUAUUUUGUUUACAUUUACUGUAUUUUAUUAAUCAAUUUAUGAAUUUAUUGCGAUUAUAGAUAUAUGUAUGUAAUUGUUUUGCAUUCCAUUAUAGUAUAUAUGCAAGUUUGUUUUUUUUUUUUU